UACAUUUACAACUAAAGUAAGGUAAAACAAAACAUAAUUAAUCACAAAUGUGUGUUCUCGUUUUUACAACCGUUGAUGAUGAGUCAAUGUGACACUCUAAAGGGUAUUCAUGUGAAAAGGUGAUACUUAACAUUGGAUAUCUUACCUGUCACCUGCAAGAACAGUGAUCAUUUUGUUCUUGAGCGGCCUGGUGAAUGCCUUUUGGUUCAAAAUUAGUCUGACUGGGAUUGACGUGAUAUGAGGCUUUUCAACAAUCUGUAAUAAUGACCUUUGCUCGUGAAGCUAUAACUAACAACGUUUUGUCUGCCAAGGAGACAGUCUGUUGGCACAGGUAGAGGUGUUUCUAAGCAACUCUGCCACUAACUGGCCUAUCAGUGACUCUCUGUCUCUGGAGAUGCUCCCCCUACAAAUUUUUUUAUUUGAGCCUGCCUUCAUAGGCCCCAAUGACCUCCAUGGCAAAACAACAGGUUCAUUCAGCAGCAGAGCACCACUGCUGACCUCAUUGUCUCUUUUUGAAGGGAAAAUCCAGAGUUGCAUUCUGUUAAAGUGCAAAUGGUUGACCGGCUGUGAGCAGAGCGAAUCUCUGUCCCUAACCUAACACAGGCCUAGAUGAACGCUCAAGAGCCUGGAUCCACGUUUUUUACUGGAAAACAGAACACACAAGAAAUAUGAAUCUUGAUGGAGACAUGUUAUCGGUGAUUGAGAACCCUGUAGCUGUCAGUCAUCCUUUCCACCUAGAGAAGACAGGAGUGGGAGGGGCCCGAGAAGCUCACAGUCAGAGCUGUCAUGACUGGCUAAGAGGAAUCCACUCUACAAAUCACAUGUCAGCCCAUAGACUGGUGAGACUACUGGUAGCUGUGUGUGCAGUAGGACUUCUCGGAGGCUUAGCAGUCGGAGUAUGGUUUCUAGUGAGGUUGUUGUUGCGACCUACCUCGUCCCAGAGCCCAGUGGGCCUAGAGGACACCAAGGAGACGUCCUUCUGUAAUGUAACUGAGGACAUCACUGUGGCAGACCCCAGGAAAGUGUUUUACAGAAUUAGCGCAGAGAACUCUCUCCUGGAGAUCCAGCUGGAGAAGGUUCCCACCUGGCUGCCAGUGUGCUAUGAGAGAUGGAACUCUUCCCUGGGGAACCUAGUCUGCCGCCAGCUGGGAUAUCUAAGACUGACCAAGCACAAGGGAGUGAACUUAACGGACAUUGGGCCAAACUACACAGAUGGUUUUAUUCAAAUUACCUCUGAACAAAAGAACAGCCUGGAAAAGAUAUGGCAGUUAAGGGGGAGUUGCGUUACAGGGAAGGUUAUAGCUUUGAAAUGUUUUGAAUGUGGGACACGAGCUAAAUUGCCCAGAAUUAUCGGGGGAGUUGAAGCUACUUUGGGGAGGUGGCCCUGGCAAGUCAGCCUCUACUACAGCAACCGACACACCUGUGGGGGCACCAUCAUCACCAGCCAAUGGGUGGUCACUGCAGCCCACUGUGUACACAACUAUAGGCUACCUCAGGUGUCCAGUUGGGUGGUCUAUGCUGGUAUUGUCACACGCAGUUCUGCAAAAAUGUCUCAAUACACAGGCUAUGCAGUGGAAAAGAUCAUCUACAACAAGAACUACAAUCACAGGAGCCACGACAAUGACAUUGCUCUGAUGAAACUACGGACUGCGCUAAAUUUCUCAGACACCAUAAGGCCUAUCUGUUUGCCUCAGUAUGACCAUGAUCUUCCAGGAGGAACACAGUGCUGGAUCUCUGGCUGGGGCUACACUCAACCUGAGGAUGUUCUCAUCCCUGAUACCCUAAAAGAAGCACCAGUUCCACUAAUAAGCACCAAGAAAUGCAACAGUUCCUGUAUGUAUAAUGGAGAGAUCACCCCUCGCAUGCUCUGUGCUGGAUACACUGAGGGGAAAGUGGAUGCCUGUCAGGGAGAUAGUGGAGGUCCUCUGGUGUGUCAGGAUGAGAACGUGUGGAGACUGGUAGGUGUGGUUAGCUGGGGAACAGGCUGUGCUGAACCCAACCACCCUGGAGUAUACACCAAGGUGGCUGAGUUUCUUGGUUGGAUCUAUCACAUGAUUGAGAGCUACUGAGGCGGAAGACGACGAAGACAGGAUGAUCAGGGAAACUUGUGUAGGACAAAAACACAAGAUUAGCA